CCUCCGCCGCACGCGCUCCUCCGCCGCCGCCGCCGCCGCGCACGCUCCUACACCGCCGCCGGACGGGUCGGAUCCAUGGCCCCUUCAUCGAGCGUCGGAUGCCUGGGAGGGGUAGCGGCGGUCACUGUGGCCGCUGGCGGGAUCCUCGAACAGGUGGCGAAGGCAAUUCUCUACAUCAUCAACCGCAGGGAGAUCGCCUGCCUGGAGUGUGGCAAGUUGAAGCAGCCCGAGAAGAUGCGGAGACACUUCGACAAGCAUCGUGCAAGGGAUGCGGACAAGUCAGAGGCCGAGAAGGCCGCACUGAAGGCCGAGUACGAUCGCAAGCUCGCCGAACAGCAGCUAAAGAUGGAAGAUCUCACCUCGUUCCUCGACUACCAGGCACGAUGCCAGAGAGACUGGUUUGAGCAGGCCAAGGCCAAGGAAAGGGACCAGAAGAAAGCUCUGGCUCUGGAGGAACACAUCAGCAACGCGGAAACAGGGAAGAGACGCUGCAAGGGGAGCAGGGGCCACCCAUACUGAGUGUGCCUAGGUAACUAUU